AUGACCUCACUGCCUGGCCCGGCCGCCAUACCUCCCCCCUCCUUCCCAGCAGCCUUUGAGUCAUGCCCAGGUCCAGGUGUUGACUGUGCUGUGGGAGAGACAAAGGCUUGGUCUUGAAAAACACAUUAUUAGCCCAUCCCUUGCUCUAAAGUAUUUCAAUCAUCUCAAGGUCCCUGAAUGGUGGUGGUCUAUCUGGAUAGGACAUGCUGCCCGCUGGUCCACUGGUCCCCUCAGCUGUCUGUUACUACUGUCUCUGCUACCAGCAGCUGAACAGACAUUUAUGCACCACAGCCAUUGUUCACAUAUGCUCCACGCAGCCACGGGGACCAAAUAAAACUUAAAAGGUCCCUUUUAUAUGAUCGCUAAAAAGCAUGGGCACAUUGUAAAAAGGGUUAGCCUUGGUGGCAGGCAGGGACCGAGUUUUAUACUCUCCUCCAGCAGCAGCUCCAGUCUCAGCACAGAGCUUCCUCCAGCCUUCACAGAGGCAGGGGAAGAGGCUGCCUGCCUUCUGGGUCUCUGUGCUGGGUUGGCCUUAGAACAUCUAUCCAUGGCUCUACAUACAGUACCAGUCAAACGUUUGGACACACCUACUCAUUCCAGGGUUUUUCUUUAUUUUUUACUAUUUUCUACAUUGUAGAAUAAUAGUGAAGACAUCAAAACUAUGAAAUAACACAUAUGGAAUCAUGUAGUAACCAAAAAAGUGUUAAACAAAUCAAAAUAUAUUUUAUAUUUGAGAUUCUUCAAAGUAGCCACCCUUUGCCUUGAUGACAGCUUUGCACACUUGGCAUUCUCUCAACCAGCUUCAUGAGGGAGUAAUCUGGAAUGCAUUUCCUUAAUGCGUUUGAGCCAAUCAAUUGUGUUGUGACAAGGUAGGGGGGGUAUUCAGAAGAUAGCCCUAUUUGGUAAAAGUCCAUAUUAUGGCAAGAACAGCUCAAAUAAGCAAAGAGAAACGACAGUCCAUUACUUUAAGACAUGAAGGUCAGUCAAUACGGAACAUUUAAAAAAACUUGGAAAGUUUCUUCAAGUGCAGUCACAAAAACCAUCGAGCACUUUGAUGAAACUGGCUCUCAUUCCACAGGAAUGGAAGACCUAGAGUUACCUCUGCUGCAGAGGAUACGUUCAUUAGAGUUACCAGCCUCAGAAAUUGCAGCCCAAAUAAAUGCUUCACAGAGUUCAAGUCACAGACACAUCUCAACAUCAACUGUUCAGAGGGGACUGUGUGAAUCAGGCCUUCAUGGUCGAAUUGCUGCAAAUAAACCACUACUAAAGGACACCAAUAAGAAGAAGAGACCUGCUUGGGCCAAGAAACACGAGCAAUGGACAUUAGACCGGUGGAAAUGUGUCCUUUUGGUCUGGAGUCCAAAUUUGAGAUUUCUGGUUCCAACUGCCGUGUGUUUGUGAGACGUGGUGUGGGUGAACGGAUGAUCUCCGCAUAUGUAGUUCCCAUCGUAAAGCAUGGAGGAAGGAGGUGUUAUGGUGUGGGGGUGCUUUGCAGGUGACACUGUCUGAUUUAUUUAGAAUUCAAGGCACGCUUAACCAGCAUGGCUACCACAGCAUUCUGCAGCGAUACGCCAUCCCAUCUGGUUUGGGCUUAGUGGGACUAUCAUUUGUUUUUCAACAGGACAAUGACCCAACACACCUCCAGGCUGUGUAAGGGCUAUUUUACCAAGAAGGAGAGUGAUGGAGUGCUGCAUCAGAUGACCUGGCCUCCACAAUCCCCUGACCUCAACCCAAUUGAGAUAGUUUGGGAUGAGUCAGACGGCAGAGUGAAGGAAAAGCAGCCAACAAGUGCUCAGCAUAUGUUGGAACUCAUUCAAGAUUGUUGGAAAAGCGUUCCAGGUGAAGCUGGUUGAGGGAAUGCCGAGAGUGUUCAAAGCUUUCAUCAACGCAAAGGGUGGCUAUUUGAAGAAUCUCAAAUAUGAAAUAUAUUUUGAUUUGUUUAACACUUUUUUGGUUACUACAUGAUUCCAUAUGUGUUAUUUCAUAGUUUUGAUGUCUUCACUAAUAUUCUACAAUGUAGAAAAUAGUAAAAAUAAAGAAAAACCCUUGAAUGAGUUGGUGUGUCCAAACUUUUGACUGGUACUGUAUGUCUCCAUAUGAGCCCAUGCCAUUUUCCUUAUCCUUAACAGCUGAGUCUGUCUGUAUUCCACCACACCACUACUAUCUCCUGUCCUGACACGAGUCGGCUGUCGGUGUCCAGCCCUAGACUAGUGGGAGACUUGGCCCCUGACCACUCAAUCAGCCUCCAGCACUGUGUGUGUCUCCGGGGCAGCACAGGCAGGGGGAGAGGCAGGGCCUAAGUGGAGCUGAAAGGGCCAGUCAGGCAGGAGUUUGUCUGGCGGGCCGCUCAUCACAGGGUUUAUAGAGGUGCCAGUCAGAUCUACCGCCAGUCAGUCAGCCCCCCCAGACUGCCACACUCCCAUAACCAGAUAACCAGCCACUGGCAGCUGACAGACAGCUGACACAACCCCCUAAACCCCCUCCCUCUGUCUGCCACUGACAGCCAACAACACUUUACAGGAAGGGAGGGGAAAUAGCAGCAUCUCAACAUGUCUAUUUCAAUCAGUCUGCUUUAGCAGAAGGUUUAAUAGCUAGCUCAGAUCUUUCUUACCCUGCUGGUCUACAUGUGUAGAGAGAUGGGGAUAGGCAGACAGGGUCUGGAAGGAGGGCUGUUGUUGAAGCCCUGCUUUGCACUGUCAUCCUGUCUGAAAUGACAGAACUGACUGUUUGAGGUUGUGAAGUGUAUACUGUAUUUUUAUUUUCCUCCACAAUAUUGAGGACGGUUGCAUGGUCUGAAAGAGCCUAGACAAUGACUCUGCCACCCUCCUCCCUCCCCCCUCUCCUCAGGAACAGGCUUUGCCAUAUGCAGCACGAAGGAGAACCAUGACAGCGACGCCGACCUGGACGUGGAUGGAGACGACACGCUGGAGUACGGCAAGGCCCAGUACACAGAGGCAGACAUCAUUCCCUGCUCCGGAGAGGACCAAGGAGAAGCCAAAGAACGGGAGGCCCUGCGCGGCGCAGUGUUGAAGUAGGUUCUCACUCAUACCACUCUAAUAUACUCCACUCCACUCUGGCCUACUCUACUGACGACUCCUCGUCUGGGGCGUUGAGCUCCUUCUCGCAGCUUAGUUUUUUGUUUGUUUCCACUCUUUCAGUGGUGGAAUGCCAUCCAACAGAAUAACGCCGGAGUUCUCCAAAUGGGCCAGUGAUGGUGAGUUGAGGCUUGGAACAAGAUGUCAUCUUCUGUUUUUAUAGUUACCAUAUUGAAAUCUUUUGACCGUAUUGAUUCAUGUUUAGAUCAGUUCUUAUAGUUCCCCAUCUCUCUCUCUGCAGAGAUGCCCUCCACGAGCAACGGAGAGAGCAGCAAACAGCAGCUGCCUCAGGACCCCAACGCUGCCUGCUCAUCCUCCAACGCGCCCCGGACCUGUAAAAACAGCGAAAUAGAGAAGUAA